AUGAGCGCAGAAGCAACGACGACUCCAAGCAUUCCUCCUAGAGCCUAUCAGGACCCACUAGAAACAUGGAGUGAGAAGUUCGUACGCAAGUUCAACGAGAACCCUUGGGUACCACUCGGCUGCCUGGCAACGUGCGGUGCCCUCGUCAUGUCCGCCGUGAAGUUGCGCGCCGGCAAGUCAAAGGACAUGAAUUACUGGCUGCGUGCCCGUGUCGUCCUACAGGGAGUGACCGUUCUCGCCCUCCUCAGUGGCACCAUGUCCCUACAAAAGGCACGAGAGGCUCGACUUGCAGCGGAGGCUGCAGGCGAGCUUUCCGAACCUGAGUUGUCAAAGGAGAAGCAGGCGGAGAAGGAGAAGGAGAGGAGCGAGUUUGAGGAGCGGCUGAAGCAGGCAGAGCUGACGACGGAGGUGGAGGCUGGGUUCGGCAUUGCUGGGACGAGGAGAGUGAAAACCUCAGACGUGAAGAGGGACGUAGGAUCGGGGCCCGCUCAGCCUCCUCCUGCCCCCAAUGCAACUUCCAACGAGCUGAAAAGCAGUGGUAAAUGGCGUUGGUGGUCAAGUAGUUCCAAUUCUAGCUCGCAGAACAGUGAAAAGCCUUGA